AUGGGUCAUCCCGUGUAUGGUGCUAUCUCCUAUACACCACCUCCAGGUUACAUGAUGGACGACGAAGAGCAACUUCCACCAAGCCAUAGGCCGUCCAAGUUUAGUAAAAGACCAUCUGACGAUGGUUUAGAACAAGAAGAUCUUAAAAAUCUAAUAAAAUAUUUGUCAAAAAAAGAUUUAGAUAAGAUUGUAGAAUUUGCAAUGGAGAAAGAAAAAUACAGAGACAUGUACUUCGACAAACCUCUUGAUUUAAAAAAACCAGUUUACAAUAACGACGAAGGAAAUUUCAAAGAUGCUGAUGACGAAAAAGGAUUUUCGCUUAAUGGUCCUUAUUUAAAUCCUAACGGUUACAAACCGUCUAACAUGGAGUUCCGAAAUUCUAACAUUGACUACAUCCCACAGUCUAAAGAAAUCAGAGUAUUAGAAAGUGAUUCGCAAAAUAAGGCAGGAGCCGAUAAAAUAUAUUUCAGAAGUCCAUUAGAGUCUCAAGAGACUGUACAAAAUCAACAGUUUGCGGUUGUAGACGCUUUCAUCCAGCAGGAGUUCAAUGGAAUGGGGAACGAGAAAAGCCAAAAUGUAUUCACGGGUAGCCAGGUGGUGGAGGAGGAACUCUUGCCGUCACCUAUGAAUUUAAGACCUGAAGAUUACGACGCAUCUUUUACAAAUAACGUCCCCACAGUCGUCAAGGCUGAUUCCAGUUCAUAUAAGGUCGAAAAUUUCGGCAGUUUACCGCUCAUGAACUACAAUUCGAAACUGCAUUCGGUCAAUUCGUACAGUGUGCCGCAUUAUACUGUAACAUCAUCGACUCAAUAUCAGACACCGCCAGAAUCACCACAAUUAUCAUCAUCACCUUCAUCAUCGGACGUGAUAUCCCCACCCUUAGAAUUCGCGCCAGCGACAACUAACUAUCGGGAUCAAAGUGAUGCACAUUUAAAAGCUAUUAAAAUUUGGACACACAAGUCUAGAGGUACUGCCUAUACAUUACACGAUGACGGAACUUUGUCACUGGAGAGACCACUUCGACCGAAACCUAAAUAUGGAUAA